UCCAUUAAGGUUAAAAAUGAAUUUUUAUUUUUCAGACCAAAAGCAAUCGUAGCUUUGCAUUAAAAGCUCUAGAACGUGUCGGAAUAAAAAUUACAUAAUGACAGAGUAUAAGCUUGUUGUUGUUGGUGCUGGAGGUGUUGGCAAAUCUGCUCUUACGAUUCAGUUGAUACAAAAUCAUUUUGUAGAUGAAUAUGACCCCACUAUAGAAGACUCCUAUAGAAAACAAGUAGUCAUAGAUGGAGAGACAUGCCUUUUAGAUAUAUUAGAUACAGCAGGUCAAGAGGAAUAUAGCGCAAUGAGGGAUCAGUAUAUGAGGACUGGUGAAGGAUUUUUGUUAGUCUUUGCGGUAAAUUCAGCUAAAAGUUUUGAGGACAUAAGUACAUAUAGGGAACAAAUAAAAAGAGUAAAAGAUGCAGAAGAAGUACCAAUGGUACUGGUAGGAAAUAAGUGUGAUCUUCAACAGUCUUGGGCAGUAAAUAUGACACAAGCAAGAGAAGUUGCCCGUCAAUAUGGUGUGCCUUUUGUUGAAACUUCUGCAAAAACACGAAUGGGAGUAGAUGAUGCCUUUUAUACUUUGGUCAGAGAAAUACGUAAAGAUAAAGAACAUAGGGACAAAGAAAAAAAGAAACGUAUGAGAGCAGGUAACUCAAGCCGUAGGAGACGUCGAUGCUGUCUGCUUUAAAUCACUGAAUCAUACAACUUUUCUCAUUUAAAACGUUAAUGCGGAAAUAAAUUGUAAAAAGCGUUAGAUUAUGUUCAUUUUACGCACAUUUUUGCAGCUUCUUCUAUAGAAUAUUGUACUAAUUUUCAAGCACAAUUUCUUCUAUACAUUGGAAGAGAGAGUAAGAAAGAGAGAGAAAAAGGGAGCGAGCGAACGAGAGAGAAAAAGACAGAGAAAAAGGGAGCGAGCGAACGAGAGAGAAAAAGGGAGAGAGCGAACGAGAGAGAGAAAAAGGGAG